CUCAUCAAUGAUGCAGUUGAUUCGGAGCGCUUUGUGCCUUGUUUUGGCAUCUUCUUGUUUCGCUGUUCCCACGACGCAGCGCACAAAGCAAGACCAUGGUCAAUGCAACCAGACUCAGGUUGUAAUCCUAGGCGCAGGUACGGCUGGCAUUGCUGCUGCUCAGACGCUUUCCAAUUUGUCUAUUAACGACUUCAUUAUUGUCGAAUAUAAUAACGGCAUCGGCGGCCGCCUAACGAACAAAGACUUUGGCGAGAAGAAGAGCGGCGAUGGCCAAUAUACCGUAGAGCUUGGUGCCAAUUGGGUUCAAGGUCUUAGGUCUGUAGAUAGUGGAGAAGACAAUCCGAUCUGGAGACUUGCUCGUAAAUGGAACAUAUCGAACGAAGAAAGCGAUUACUCUUCUAUUAAGACCUACAAUGAGAACGGCGAAGCAGACUUUUCAUCCCUGUUCGAUGAGUUUCAAGAAGCUACAAAUGCUCUCGAGGAUGAUGCUACCGCACUCGCCGAUAAGUACCAAGAUCGUAGUGUGCGAGCGGGUCUGCGCCGUGGUGGUUGGAAUCCUGCGAAAACUGAUUCACCCGCGGGCGCCGUUGCUGUCGAAUAUUUCUCCUGGGAUUUCGAAUCUGCCUCCAACCCAGAAACCAGUUCCCAAGUCUUCGGCGCUAGCUCGCAGGCAUUCGAGAUCAACUACGACAACAUUACGUACCACGAGUACUCGGGUGAGGAUCGAUUCGUCGUUGAUCAGCGAGGAUUCAGGGCUUGGCUAGUUGGCGAGGCUGAUACUUUUCUGACCAAGCAAGACCAUAGACUGGCCCUAAACACGAUCGUCACAAACAUAAGCUAUUCAGAUGCUGGUGUCAUCAUUCGCAACAAAGACGGGAGUUGCAUUCAAGCUGAUUACGCCAUCUGCACGUUUUCUCUCGGUGUGCUUCAGCGAGAGGUUGUGGCCUUCGAUCCUGAGCUCCCUGAUUGGAAGCUGGAUGGCAUCAACUCUUUUGAAUUCAACACGUUUACCAAGAUCUUUUAUCAGUUUGAUGAGGCAUUUUGGCCGAAUGAAACCCAAUUUUUCCUCUACGCAGAUCCAACAACGAGAGGCUACUGGCCGGUCUGGCAGUCGCUGACUCCAAAAGGAUUCUUACCUGGCAGCAACAUCAUUUUCUCGGUCAUGACUGCGGAACAGAGUCAGCGCAUCGAAGCGCAGGACGAUGACGUUACAAUGCAAGAAGGGUUAGACGUCCUACGAAACAUGUUUCCUGAUGCAGAUAUACCUCAACCGAUUGCAUUUUUUUAUCCUCGCUGGAGGGAUACCCCGUGGUCGUAUGGCUCAUACUCCAACUGGCCGCCAGCAACAACUCUAGAAAUGCAUCAGGAUCUGCGUGCGAACGUCUCCGAUCGACUUUUCUUUGCUGGGGAAGCAACAAGUGCGCCGUACUUUGGGUAUCUUCACGGCGCAUGGUUUGAAGGGAUCGAUGCUGGCCAAACAGUUGCAAAGUUGAUACUGGCGAAUGUAUAAAUCCUGUGAGCAUUUGUCCAAAUUCGGUGUCUGUUACCACAGCUUGGGUGCGGUUGAACAUUUGCCUCUCUAGCAACAACGAGCUGCACUGUACGGUUGAGACCAUAAGCCGCAGAUGGGCCGCUUGGUGAAUUGGAUGUGAAGUUAGGUCCCUGUGAGGGCGUUCCUAUCUGGAAGGUGUCGGAAAUAUUACAAUUGGCUAAUGUUUAAAGUCGUCCUAUCCUUUUAAUAGAAAUGCUUUCCAGCUCACGAACCAUCUUUUAUCGGGAUGAGGUCUCGUGAGCAAGAUAAUGCUGUGCUCUAUCUAUGCCGCUUUAAUAGAACUCGAUUCGAAUAUGUAGAAAGUCUGCUCAUAGUAGUUGCUCCGUGAAAAGAUUCAGUAGAUCUUUCAGCCGGUACACAUUUUGCGAGCGCCGCUAU